CGACGGUUCGGUAGUCGACUGGCUAUCCUUGUGAUCUGCUAACAGCUAGCAGUAGUUUAGAGGAGUUACAGACAGAGGUUUAAUUGUCACGUUAGUACUAAAUAAACCGUGAAAUACCUGCUCAGAGCGCCGCGGUGGAGUCCAGGGCUGAGGAGGUUCAGAGUAAUGACCUACAGCAGAAGAUUUUCCCCAUAAGAGGAGAGAGGAGCAGGGAGGAGGAGGAGGAGAGAGGAUGGAGCAGGACCACAGCCUCUUGCUGGAUGAGGAGGCGUGCGCCCUCCUGGGGGUAACCCAGAGGUCAGAGGUCGUCUUCCAGUGGCUGACCAACCUGAAGCACCUCCUGCCUGCUACCACCCGGGUGGAGGUGAAGGCGAACCAGGUGCGUCUGGUGAACCAGCUCCAGGCGGUUCUGACCGGCUCCCCUGGCCCGCCCACCCGCUGCCUAUUGGCCCACUGCCUGGCCCUGCUGUACCGCCUGGGAGACCCCCUUUCAGCCGGCCAAUCGGUGGACAUGUGCAACGCCAUCAUCCGCAGCAAGGACGACGCCCCCUCCAGCCUCCCCACCAGACUUGCGGCGAUAGCCUGUCUGGGCUCUCUGUAUGAGCAGCUGGGUCGGACGUUGCUCCACUCCUUCAAAGACUCGCUGGUCAACCUGCUGAAGGCCUUCAGGAAUGCUGAGUCCCAGGGCCGGUAUGAGAUCCUGCUGGCGGUGGAGCGGGCCCUGCGGGGGUUGGGUUCCGGCCCCGCCCUGUGCCACCGGGAGAUCUACAAGGUGGCCCGGGCCUCCCUGACCGACCGCUCCAUGGCGGUCCGCUGGGCCGCUGCCAUGUGUCUGUUGGAGCUGCAGCGCGAGGCCGUCUUCCUCUGGUCCUCUGAGCUGCACAACAUGGCCGCCCUCUGCUGCAGGGCCUUCCAGGGCUCCACCUAUCAGGUGCGAGUGGGCGUAGCCAGACUGCUGGGCACCCUGCUGGCCGCCGCCCUCCAGCCACGGCAGCCAAUCGCGGCGGUGCAGCCGGGGGGGCGGGGCCGGACCCUGGAGGAGGUGAUGGAUGUGCUGACGGCCGGGUUCCUGAGGGGCGGGGCCAGCUUCCUGCGGGCCAGCGGAGACAUGCUGAAGGGAACCAGCUCCGUGGGCAAGGACGUCCGCAUGGGCGUGGCCCAGGCCUGCGUGGUGAUGGUGUCCACCAUGGGGAGCUCCUGGCUGGAGGGCAGCCUCCCCGGGCUGCUGGGCCUCCUGGCGCCGCUCGCCCACCAGCCGCGGGCCGCCCACAGCCCCGCCUCCUCGGCCUGCACCCGGGCCUGCCUCUCCUACAUCCUGCGCUCCGUCCUGGGCCCGCUGCUGGGGGAGAAGGCCCUGGCCAACGCCGCCAGGCACGUCUGCCUGGCCGUGCACACGCACACAGCGGCACUGGACAGCGGUUCUCCAGAAGGGGUUCAGGGUCACAUCAUGAUGGAGUGCUAUCUUCUGGAGCUGGCCCGGGUCCUCCGCAGCCUCGCUUCCACCGCCGCCCCCCUCAUCACAGACCCCUGCACAGCCCUCCUAGACACCGUGGUCUCCGUCCUACUCCACCCGGCGGCGUCGGCGCGGCUGGCCGCCGCCUGGUGCCUCCGCAGCGUUGCCAUGGCGAUGCCCUCCCAGCGCUGCGUGCUGCUGGACAGGUGCGCCGAGCGCCUGGCAGCCCUGAAGUCGUCCCCGGAGGCCGUGUCUGGGUACAGUGCCGCUGUCGCCGCCCUGCUGGCCGGAGCCCAGCACUGCGCCCUGGGCCUUCCCCACAGCAAGGCCAAGCUGGUCCUGGGCGUGGCCGAAGACCUCCUGCGCUCGGCCAAUCAGAACAGUCGCCUGUCCCUGCAGAGGACUCAGGCUGGCUGGCUGCUGCUGUCUUCACUCUGCACCCUAGGUGCGGCGGUGCUGGAGCACCACCUGGGCCGCGUGCUGCUGCUGGUCAGGUGUGUGUUCCCCCCCUCCGUCAGGGAGCAGGACAUGGAGCUGCACCGUGGGGACUGCUUCACCUGGCAGGUGACCCUAGAGGGCCGGGCCGGGGCGCUCUGCGUGUUGAGGAGCCUGCUGCUGCACUGCAGGGAGCUGCUGACCGAUGACAUCAUCUCCCGCCUGCUCACACCGCUGGCCUGCGCCGUGGCGCUGCUCGCAAAGUGCUCCUCUCUGACCCGUUCCUACGGGCCCCCCCUCCGCCCCUGGGCGGUCCUGUACAGACUGAGGCUGUACCAGGUCUUGGCCCUGCUGCCCCCUCACACCUACCAAGAGAGCUACGGCGUGGUGAUGAAGGAGCUGCUCAGCGACCUGUCCGGCCCGGAGAACGCCACCCAGCCGUGCUCCGACCUCACCCUACUCCCCGCCCUCUGUCACCACGACGACCUGAUGCUGUUGGGCCCCGCCUUCGGCCCCCUGGGCCGCGGCUCCAUCGAGGAGAGGCUCCAUAGCAGCGGUGUGGGAGGCGGUAACCUUGACAACGACCCCUUCUCUCUCUGCGACGGGGGGGAGGACUCCCCGGCCCCCCUCCCUCCGGCCGUGGCGCUGACAGCUGCCGCCGUCCAGCUGUUUGGAGAGCUGUUCCCCCAGGUCAUCACCGCGCACAGGCUGCAGGUCCUGGAGCAGUUCUCCCGCUCGCUGAGCCAGCUGAAGGGACAGAAGCAGCAGACGGUCCAGACCCACGUGUGUGCCGCCCUCUGCAGCCUGCUGAAGCACCUGGGCAGCAGCGGCCUCAGCCUGGGGCCGGAGGAGCUGCGGGCCCCAGCGCUGGCCCUCUUGGUCGGGGCUCUGGAGAACUCGAGUCCCCUGCUGCGCUGUGCGGCCUCCGAGGGCCUGGCCAGACUGGUGCAGGCCGUCAACGACCCUGGGUUCACACACACACUGUCUGUAGUCUGUCUGGAGAGGCUGCGGUCAGGGAGGGAUGCGGUGGCGCGGAGCGGCCACGCCCUGGCCUUGGGGGCGCUGUACCGCUACGUGGGCGGAGUCCAAUCGCCCCAACACCUCACUUCCUGUCUGGGGGUCCUCAACACCCUGGCCCAGGACACCAGCUCACCUGAGCUCCAGACGUGGUGUGUGUACGGUGUGUGUGUCCUCCUAGACGUGCCCAGCGGGGGGGGCGUGUGUCUGUCGGUGUGUGAGCCGUCGGUCGGCCUCCUGGUGCAGCUGCUGCUCUCCUCGCCCCCCUCCCCCCCCGGGCUGCCCCACGCCCUGGGACGCCUUCUGCACGCGCUCAGUAGCGCCCUGGGACCCGAGCUACAGAGUGCGCGGCCUGCGGUGUCCGUGCUGCGGGCCAGCUGUGUGUUGGCCUGCUGGAUGCUUCAGACCAGCCCGGACCCCCUGGUCCAGUCCCAGCUGGUCUCCUGCCUCCAGAACCUCUACCUGUUCUGCCCCGCCCACAUCCACCUGGAGCGCCUGGUACCGCUGCUCUGUGAGAUGUUGUUGGACAGCUCCGUGCUGGUGGGUGUGUGCUGCUCCUACGUGUGUGUGCGUGGCUCUGUGCUGUCGUGUGUCAGACAGCUUGUCCAGCGUGGGGCUCUGCAGGUGGCCCAGCACGCGGUGGGCCUGGUGAAGGAGCUGCACCGUAGGGACCACUCCCAGCUAGAGCUGACCCUGAAGGAGGUGGGCCUGGAGGGGGCUCUGUUCCUGCUGCUGGACCAGGAGCAGGAGGAGGUGAUCCGGAGGGACGUCCAGGAGACCCUGGUCCACCUCCUGGUCUCGGGGGUCCAGCGGGGGCGGCUGCUGCACUGGAUCAAGCUCUGCAAGGACGUCCUGUCUGCCUCCUCCGACUCGGGCACAGUGGAGCCGGAGGAGGAGGGGGGUGACGACUGGGCGGUGUUCCGGGCGGUCCCGCAGGGGGCGGGGCCCUUCAGCGCCCUGGGCUGGCGGACGCGGGGCUUCGCCACGCGCUGCGUGGGCCGGCUGCUGGAGCUGAGCCAGAACGCCGGCCCCGCCCACUUCAACAUCACCCUGGCUCAGGAGCUACGGCAGGUCCAGACCGAGGACUUCCUGGUGCUCCACCUGGGAGAGCUGGUGCGGAUGUCCUUCAUGGCGGCCACCGACUCCAGCGACACGGUGCGUCUGUCCGGGCUCCAGGCCCUGCUGCUCAUCAUCAGGGCCUUCUCCUCCUCCCCGGAGCCCGAGUUCCCCGGACACAGCCUGCUGGAGCAGUACCAGGCCAACGUCGGGGCGGCCCUCAGACCAGCCUUCUCAGCCGACGCCCCCCCUGAUGUCACGGCCAAGGCCUGCCAGGUGUGCAGCGCCUGGCUGUCCAGCGGGGUCGUCAGCGACCUGCGGGACCUGCGCCGCGUCCACCAGCUCCUCGUCUCCUCAUUGGCCAAGCUCCAGGGGGGGCGGGACCGGCCCAGCCCGCUCUACAACGAGGCCGCCGUCACCAUGGAGACGCUGGCGGUGCUCCAGGCCUGGGCGGAGGUGUACAUCGUGGCGGUGCAGAGGCAGGGCGACGCCCCCGGGCCGGAGGACCCGACCAAUGAGGACUCGGGGUCUGUGUCCGUGGGGGCGGACCUACUGGAGCUGGUCCAAUCAGAUCUCCCGACGCUGAGCCGGCUGUGGCUGGCAGCGCUGCAGGACCACUCCGCUCUGAGCCUCCCCCAGGAGGACGCAGCUCAGCUCCCCGCUGCCGGAGGAGUGUUCUUCACGGCGGAGACGAAGCAGCAGGCCAGGAGUCACUACACCUCCUGCUGGGCCCCCAUCCUCCACGCCUCGGCCCUCUGGCUGCAGAGCACCGGUUUUGUGAUGUCAGAGGAGGAGCCAGCCCACCUGUCUCGCCCGGCCACGCCCACCUCCAUGGGUCAGAGGGACUCUGGGGGCGGAGCCAAGAGCCAGGAAGACAUCGGCACGGACAGACUGAACCUCAUCCUGGGUGUUAGUGUGGCGUUCCUGUGCUCGCCCCAUUCUGAGGACCAGAUUGAGAACAUCACUUCCUGUCUGCGGGCGCUGCAGGCUCUGCUCAGCGUGGGCUGGCCUCGCGCCAAAGUAGGAAACGACCAGGUGCUCAGCGUGGAGCUGGUGAGUGUACUCCACCGCGUCAUGGUGACCAGGGAGGGGGCGGAGCUCCAGCCGGCUGUGCUCCAGCUGGUCCAGCAGAUCGUCCGCGCCGCGCAGGAACACGUCCGCGAGAAACGCUACAGCGCCGAGGUGGACGACGGCGCCUGUGAGAAGGAGAACCUUCCGGAGUUCGGGGAGGGGCGGGACACGGGGGGGCUGGUCCCGGGCCGCUCCCUGGUCCUGGCCGCCCUGGAGCUCUGCCUCCACGUCCUGCUGCGCAAGAUCCCCCGCCUCAGCCCCGCCCUCACCGGGACCCCCGCCGCAGGGGGUCCCGGGGGUCCGCUGGUUCUGAGCGGUGAGGACUGGCUCCUGGUGGCCUCAGCCCUGGACAUCCUGUCUCACCUCCCGUCUAUCUGCUCCCCUGAGGGAAGUGUUUCGGUCCUUCCUUCUCUCCUCUUCCUGUUGCUGGGUGUCCUUCGGGAGCUGCUGCUGCAGCCCAACAUAAACACUGCCCCCCAGCAGAGGGCGCUGCAGGCUCUCCAGGGGGUGGUCUCCAGCCCGGUGGGUCGUCAGGAGAAGAGCCGGGGGGGCUGGACCCUCCUGCUGGGGGCCGCCCUGAACACGGUGCUGGACACCUGGGGGAACGCUGUGGACCAGGUGGGGGUUCUCCGGGUCCUGACUGUGUUCCUGGUCUCUGCUGGUCCUGAGGUGGUCCUGGUCCAGCCCGUCCUGGCGUCCUGCCUCAGAAGAUACACACGAGCCCUGCACUCUAAGGACCCCCUGGUGGUGAGUGUGUGUCUCCAGAUGUUGACCACUGUGUUCCAGACCCAGUCGGGGGUGGCGGCUCCCUACAUUCGUACCCUGGGACCCCCCCUGCUCCGCUACCUGCAGGGGGCGGAGCGGCGGCGUCCCCAGACCCCAGGGGAGCUGCAGGGGGUCCUGGAGGCUCUGCGGGCCAUGGAGGCUCUCGUGUCAGCCUCCGACCCCACCAACCGUCCCCAGCUCAUGGCCGUCUUCCUCCCCAUUCUCAUCUCCUUCCUGAUGGAUGAAAACGCCCUCGGCUCCGCCCCUUCCGCAUCGCGGGCGCUUCAUGAGUCGGCGCUGAAGGACCUCAUGCGCCUGGGGCCCCAGUCUCCAUCCGUCUUCAGGUCUCUGAUGUCUUCGUCUCCUCAGCUGAAGGCCAGACUGCAGGCGGCCAUUCAGGGGAACCAGGAGAGCCUCAACGCUAAGGCUAGCGCUGCCGCUAACAGGACCAGCAAGACCUCUCCCAGUAUUACGCUCAAGACCAACUUCCUGUAAGAUCUCUCAGACAAGAAGUGCAGAAUGUGUAGGUUGGAGGUUCAGACUCUAGACUGUUCCAGUUAUUCGAGUUGUGGCUAACACGACUCUCUGUAUUAGCAAUAACCUUUUACUGUGCGUAUGGCGCAUAGCUUCAGGUCCUAUCACCCUCAGGCCUUGUGGGGACCGCCUCCGGCUCUCAUACUCAAUCUGCAGGUUUAAAGGUUAGCUACAUGUUCAUCUGUUGGCGACAUGCAGUCUACAUGCAUGUCCAAGAAACGACCAAGGACCAAGAAACACUAAUAAUUUAUAUAUUUAGUUUUAGACAUCACAGGGAAAUAUGAUGCUAGGUGUAAUGUGUCUGUGGGUUUAAUGAGGGUAUCUCCUUUACAAUCCUUCAGCAGUUAAUUUAAAAUGUAUUUUAACAUUUGUCUAUGCAGUAACUUGGAAUCUAAACCCCCAAAAGUGAAAUGUAUUUGGUUGUCCUGGUUGAAAGUUAUUCUGCAAUAAUUUCUCACUCAGAAUAGUCCUGGUUUCUUUUGACUUCAGGUUGGCUAGAAUGUGAAAAAUGUAGCGAUGCUAACAAAGCCACGCUAACGCAGCCACGCUAACGUAGCCAUGCUACCAUUGCUAUGCUAAAGUAGCGAUGCUUAGGAAGCCAGACUAGGAGUGUCUCACAUUCAGUAAGCAAAGUGAGGAGAUAGUAAGGGAGAAGGAUUAUUCAACAGAUUUGAUAAUGAGGUGAUUGUACAUUAUGAAUCCACAAUCGGUACCGUAUAUUGAAUGUGUGAUUGUUGGCAAUCAUGUAACCAUUUUUUAUGAGGAAGCCACGGUCAUGAAGGUAAUUUAGACUAGAAUCAUUGGAGAAUGUGCUGUAAAAGCUACUUUACGACAGUAAACAACAUUAACCAGGGAAAACAUCUGUCUCUCCCAGACAAAGCAGAUGUUUAUCAGACUAGGUGGAUGGAGAGUUAGUCGUCUCGGACCGUUCUAAAUAACUUCUAACCAUUCACAAUCUCUAAUCUGAUUGGAUCUGCUGUCUUGUCCCAAGAGAUAGGCAGCCAAUCCUCUUAUGUCCUUCUGCAUACUUGUUUCUCUUCUUGCUGAUGACCUUGCUAGCAAUGCUAUGAUAUUAGCCUUCCAACUGUCAGCAGUAACUGAUAACCUCAAACAAAUAUCACUUGAGUGAUAUUUGAGAGUGUUCUGUACCUGAUUGUGAGGCAAUCAUAUCAAGACUGUGACAAUGUAGCAUCAAAGAUGCCUUAACAAAGGAUUUAUAACAUGUGUGACUAAAACCAUGUUAUAUUAUGUAAAACACCAUGUCUGAUAUAAUGGAGACCCAUGUUCUGUAUGUAAAGCCCAAUGUUCAACAUGAAGGAGACCCAUGUUAAAUAUGUAAAACCCAAUGUUUAAUAUGACAGUCCCGUGUUAAAUAUGUAAAACACCAUGUUUGAUAUGACUGAGACCAAUGAUAAAUAAGGGAUUCUACAGCACUGCCAGUGAAGUAAUACAAUGAAGUAUAAUCCCAACACUAUUUCGGCAGUCUGCUGUCUGGGCUGUAUUAUGGACUUAUGGAAGGAAGUUGUAUUUUUUUUAUGUCAUUUGAUGAAUAAAGCCUUGGUUUUGCUCUA